AUGGACCUGAUUCAUGAAGCUGGACUAAUGAAGAUUGUUGUCCAUUUGCCUAAGUGCUAUGAAAUACUAGUACAAGAGUUCAUUGUGAAUCUAUCAGAAGACUGCGCUGAUAGAAAAUCAAAGGAAUUUUGGAAAGUGUAUGUGAGAGGAAAGUGUGUUACCUUCUCCUCGACUGUUAUCAACAAUUUUCUUGGAAGAACUGAUGAAGCCCAACCUGAGCUGGAAGUGUCUGACAAUAAAAUAUGUGAGGUAAUCACUGCUAAGCAGGUGAAAGGCUGGCCCCUAAAAGGAAAACUUUAUGCAAGCAAGCUCAACAUAAAGUAUGCAAUGCUACACAAGAUUGAAGUGGCUAACUGGGUGCCCACAAACCACAAGUCAUAUGUUAUUAUUGUGCUGGGAAAGUUUAUAUAUGUUGUUGGAACCAAGACAAAGUUUGACUAUGGUACUUACAUAUUUGAUCAAACAAUGAAGCAUGUCAGGAGUUAUAGUGUGAAGGGUCCUAUUGCCUUCCCAUCUAUCAUAUGUGGUAUAAUUUUGAAUCAGUAUCCUAAUAUCCUAAGUGAAAAUGAUUCUGUUUGCAAGAGAGAAAGUGCUCUAUCAUUUCACUACAAACUAUUUCAAGGAACCCAUGUUCCUGACAUUGUCACAACAUCAGUUGGAACAUCCAAAGACAACACACCUAUAGGUAAAUCUGCUGUGAUUGCAAUGCUCAGGGAAACAUGGAAGGAGCUGGAUUCCAAAAAGCCGACUCUUAAAAAAUUGACCAGCUCUCUUGAAAUGGAAGAAGGUGUUGAGUUUAUUGAGAAUGAAGCAGGUCCUGAGGCAGAUGAUGAACAGGAGGCUGAUUCAGAUGAAGAAGUUAAGAAAGAGGCCAGUCCAGAUGAUGGCACAAAUGAAGAAGGUGAUGAAAACAGUUCUGGUGGUUCUGAAUCUGAAGACUAG